CACACCCAUAAAGCAGCCGGGUUGGACGUCACCGCUAAUUCGUUUCAGCGAUGAUAGGAUAAAGGAGGGACAUUAAGAAAUAAAUUCCCCCUCACGACCCUCGCCGAGCUCACGGCUCAGUCCCUACAUAUUGAUGCCGCGUUUCCAGCCGCAGGGCGAGGAGCUACUUAGCGCCGCGGCUCCUCGGAGGGGCUGUCGGGCGGCCGCCGCGGCCAAGCGGACGGGCUCAGGAAGCCCCCGAUCUCAUCUGCAUCUAACAAGCCGCUGACCAAGAUGCCCAGGGAAGAGCCCACAUCGAUCACGCAUCACCUCUAGACACCCCCCAGACGCUCCUCCCCGGCCUGCUGACCUGUGGCUCAGGGACACGUCCCACUGCUCUCCUGACGUCUGUCUGCUGUCAGCCUCCUUAGAGGACAAGCAGCGGGGUGGGCAGACGCAGGAAAUCAUGCCACCGACGGCCACCCGGCAAUGAGCGGGUGACGCAGCGUUGACAUCAGAGACGGCGGAGGCUGAAACCUCUCGGCCGCUGUGUCCCCAGCUCCUCUCUCGGUGGAGCCGAGUCCUGGCCCCUCCUGGAGAAUCCGUCUCGGCUGGAUAGGCUUUGGGGUCUUCGGGGUGGACCCUCGGAGGCCAGGCGCCAUGGAAGAGCACAUGUUCGGGGUUCAGCAGAUCCAGCCCAAUGUCAUCUCCGUCCGCCUCUUCAAGCGCAAAGUCGGGGGCCUGGGGUUCCUGGUGAAGGAGCGCGUCAGCAAGCCCCCCGUCAUCAUCUCGGACCUGAUUCGCGGGGGAGCCGCGGAGCAGAGUGGCCUGGUCCAGGCGGGGGACAUCAUCCUCGCCGUCAACGGCCGGCCCCUGGUGGACCUCAGCUAUGACAGUGCCCUGGAGGUGCUCCGGGGCAUUGCCUCCGAGACCCACGUGGUCCUCAUUCUGAGGGGGCCCGAGGGCUUUACCACGCACCUGGAGACCACCUUCACCGGGGAUGGGACCCCCAAGACCAUCCGGGUGACACAGCCCCUGGGACCUCCCACCAAAGCUGUGGAUCUGUCCCAGCAGCCCUCGGCCAGCAAAGAGCAGCUGCCCGCGGUGGGUGGGCCCCCGGGCCCCGGGAACGGGCCUCAGCAUGCCCAGGACGGGGGGCCGGAAGCCGGCUCGCUGCCCCAAGCCAACGGCCUGGCCCCCAGGCCCCCAAGCCAGGACCCUGCCAAGAAAAGCAGCAAGGUUGGCCCCCAGGGCAGCCAGGAGCAGAAUGAACUGCUCAGAGAGAUCGAGCCCGUGCUGAGCCUUCUCACCAGCGGCCGCAGAGGGGCCCAGCGAGGGGCACCUGCCAAGGCGGAGACGAGAGACACAGGCGUCCAGGUGGACAGGGACCUGGAUGGCAAGUCACACCGAGCUCUGCCCCUCGGCGGGGAGAACGACCGCGUAUUCAAUGACCUGUGGGGCCAGGGCGGUGCACCCAUGGUCCUCAACAACCCCUACUCCGAGAGGGAGCAGCCCCCUGCCUCGGGGAGACAGUCCCCCACAAAGAAUGGCAGCCCCUCCAAGUGCCCUCGCUUCCUCAAGGUCAAGAACUGGGAGACGGACGUGGUUCUCACCGACACCCUCCACCUGAAGAGCACCCUGGAGACAGGCUGCACGGAGCACAUCUGCAUGGGCUCCAUCAUGCUGCCCUCUCAGCACACGCGAAGGCCCGAAGACGUCCGCACCAAGGAUCAGCUCUUCCCCCUCGCCAAGGAGUUUAUCGAUCAGUACUACUCAUCCAUUAAGAGGUUUGGCUCCAAGGCCCACAUGGACCGGCUGGAGGAGGUGAACCGGGAGAUCGACAGCACCAGCACCUACCAGCUCAGGGACACCGAGCUCAUCUACGGGGCCAAGCACGCCUGGCGCAACGCCGCCCGCUGCGUUGGCAGGAUCCAGUGGUCCAAGCUGCAGGUGUUCGAUGCGCGCGACUGCACCACGGCUCACGGGAUGUUCAACUACAUCUGCAACCACGUCAAGUACGCCACCAACAAGGGCAACCUCAGGUCGGCCAUCACCAUCUUCCCUCAGAGGACGGACGGCAAGCACGACUUCCGCGUGUGGAACUCGCAGCUCAUCCGCUACGCCGGCUACAAACAGCCCGACGGCUCCACCCUGGGGGACCCGGCCAACGUGGAGUUCACAGAGAUCUGCAUCCAGCAAGGCUGGAAGCCCCCACGGGGCCGCUUCGACGUGCUGCCCCUCCUGCUGCAGGCCAACGGCAAUGACCCCGAGCUUUUCCAGAUCCCGCCCGAGCUGGUGCUGGAAGUGCCCAUCAGGCACCCCAAGUUUGACUGGUUCAAGGACCUGGGCCUCAAAUGGUACGGCCUCCCCGCUGUGUCCAACAUGCUUCUGGAGAUUGGUGGCCUGGAGUUCAGCGCCUGUCCCUUCAGCGGCUGGUACAUGGGCACGGAGAUCGGUGUCCGUGACUACUGUGACAACUCCCGCUACAACAUCCUGGAGGAAGUAGCCAAGAAGAUGAACCUGGACAUGAGGAAGACGUCAUCCCUGUGGAAGGACCAGGCGCUGGUGGAGAUCAACAUCGCCGUCCUCUACAGCUUUCAGAGUGACAAAGUGACCAUCGUUGACCACCACUCUGCCACCGAGUCCUUCAUUAAGCACAUGGAGAACGAGUACCGCUGUCGGGGGGGUUGCCCGGCUGACUGGGUGUGGAUUGUGCCCCCCAUGUCUGGCAGCAUCACACCUGUCUUCCACCAGGAGAUGCUCAACUACAGGCUCACACCCUCCUUUGAAUACCAGCCCGAUCCUUGGAACACCCAUGUGUGGAAAGGCACCAACGGGACCCCCACAAAGCGGCGCGCCAUCGGCUUCAAGAAGCUGGCCGAAGCCGUCAAGUUCUCAGCCAAGCUGAUGGGACAGGCCAUGGCCAAGAGGGUGAAAGCCACCAUCCUCUACGCCACAGAGACGGGCAAAUCGCAAGCCUACGCCAAGACCCUGUGUGAGAUCUUCAAACACGCCUUUGACGCCAAGGUGAUGUCCAUGGAAGAAUAUGACAUCGUGCACCUGGAACAUGAAACGCUGGUCCUCGUGGUCACCAGCACCUUCGGCAACGGAGACCCCCCGGAGAAUGGGGAGAAAUUCGGCUGCGCUUUGAUGGAAAUGAGGCACCCCAACUCCAUGCAGGAGGAGAGGAAGAGCUACAAGGUCCGGUUCAACAGCGUCUCCUCCUACUCUGACUCGCGCAAAUCAUCGGGCGAUGGGCCUGACUUCAGAGACAACUUUGAGAGUGCUGGACCCCUGGCCAAUGUGAGGUUCUCGGUGUUCGGCCUCGGCUCCCGGGCCUACCCCCACUUCUGCGCCUUUGGACACGCCGUGGACACCCUCCUGGAAGAGUUGGGGGGGGAGAGGAUCCUGAAGAUGAGAGAGGGGGACGAGCUCUGUGGACAGGAGGAGGCUUUCAGGACGUGGGCCAAGAAGGUCUUCAAGGCGGCCUGUGACGUGUUCUGCGUGGGGGAUGACGUCAACAUCGAGAAGGCCAACAACUCCCUCAUCAGCAAUGACCGCAGCUGGAAGAGGAACAAGUUCCGCCUCACCUACGUGGCCGAAGCACCAGAACUUACCCAGGGGCUCUCCAAUGUCCACAAAAAGAGAGUCUCCGCCGCGCGGCUCCUGAGUCGACAGAACCUCCAGAGCCCCAAGUCCAGCCGCUCAACCAUCUUUGUGCGCCUCCACACCAACGGGAACCAGGAGCUCCAGUAUCAGCCUGGGGACCACCUGGGCGUCUUCCCUGGCAACCACGAGGACCUCGUGAACGCCCUCAUCGAGCGGCUGGAGGACGCACCCCCUGUCAACCAGAUGGUGAAAGUGGAACUGCUGGAAGAACGGAACACAGCUUUGGGCAUCAUCAGCAACUGGAAGGACGAGUCCCGCCUCCCGCCCUGCACCAUCUUCCAGGCCUUCAAAUACUACCUGGACAUCACCACGCCACCUACGCCCCUGCAGCUGCAGCAGUUUGCCUCCCUGGCCACCAGUGAGAAAGAGAAACAGCGCCUGCUGGUCCUCAGCAAGGGCUUGCAGGAGUACGAGGAGUGGAAAUGGGGCAAGAACCCCACCGUGGUGGAGGUGCUGGAGGAGUUCCCGUCCAUCCAGAUGCCGGCCACCCUGCUCCUCACCCAGCUGUCCCUGCUGCAGCCCCGCUACUAUUCCAUCAGCUCCUCCCCGGACAUGUACCCCGACGAGGUGCACCUCACCGUGGCCAUCGUCUCCUACCACACCCGAGAUGGAGAAGGACCAAUUCACCAUGGUGUGUGCUCCUCCUGGCUCAACCGGAUACAGGCUGGCGAAGUGGUACCCUGUUUCGUGCGGGGUGCACCCAGCUUCCACCUGCCCCGAAACCCCCAGGUCCCCUGCAUCCUGGUUGGCCCAGGAACUGGCAUCGCCCCUUUCCGAAGCUUCUGGCAGCAACGGCAAUUUGACAUUCAACACAAAGGAAUGAGUCCCUGCCCCAUGGUCCUGGUCUUCGGGUGCCGGCAAUCCAAGAUAGACCACAUCUACAGGGAGGAGACCCUACAGGCCAAGAACAAAGGGGUCUUCCGAGAGUUGUACACGGCCUACUCCCGGGAGCCAGACAAACCAAAGAAGUACGUGCAGGAUGUCCUGCAAGAUCAGCUGGCCGAGACUGUGUACCGAGCCCUGAAGGAGCAAGGGGGCCACAUUUACGUGUGUGGAGAUGUCACCAUGGCUGCCGAUGUCCUCAAAGCCGUCCAGCGCAUCAUGGCCCAGCAGGGGAAGCUCUCGGAGGAGGAUGCCGGAGUAUUCAUCAGCAGGCUGAGGGAUGACAACCGGUACCACGAGGAUAUCUUCGGAGUCACCCUGAGAACGUACGAAGUGACCAACCGCCUUAGAUCUGAGUCCAUUGCCUUCAUUGAAGAGAGCAAAAAAGAGACAGAUGAGGUCUUCAGCUCCUAAGUGGAUUCUCCAGCCUAGAGGGACAGCAGGCGGCCACCCCAAGUGCUGCACAGGGGCGGCUGCGGGCUUCCGACGGGCGCACACACGGCUGCACCUUUCCUCCAGGACCCCCGGGUCCCCGCUCUGCCUCUCAUCCUGUUGCUGUGUCCUGGUGUCCUCCUCUGGGUUCCUGCCCCCCCCCCCAGUGGCUUCCUCGGCCCCCCUGGGUCUGCUCCUUGAGUUUUCCUGCCGCGACGCGACGCCUUCGUACCCUGCGGUGGCUCUCCCGAAACCACGCCUCACUGCUGUCCUGCCGACGACGAGGGCAAAUCGCGGGUGCAUGAAACCACCGGAUCGUGGCCACUGCUCCUCUCGGGUCUGUCUUCUGCUGUCCCCCGGGAAGGCUGCAGGUUCUGGACAGAAGCCUUCUGAGCUGGUGCCUCUGGAGUCCCCCCUCCUUUCUCACGAUCCCUGUUUUGGUCGUGUGUGUGACGUGCGCGGGACGGGCCCAGGUCUCCGUCUGUCCUCUUGCCCGUGCAAGCCUGUCCAUCUUAGACCUGCGUCCACUGCCUUCGUGAAAGACCCUUGGUGCCAAGAAACGUGCCCCUGGCCCACGUUGAAUCCUCGUGUGUCUGUAAUUGAGGGUCUGCGCUGACGUCCCUUAAAACACUCUGAGGCUCCCCAAAGAAGGGUUAGGGAGUGAGGAGGGGGCUGUGGUGGUGGAGGGGACAAUCUCCCCGUGAAAUGGCGAGUCGUGGAAUUGGAGGCAUCUGGAUUCUCAGGCCAGUCGGCGGAGUCCUUACCAUACCACCAAUGGCUUGGGCAGACCCCCCCCCCCGCCCAAGCCCACCUACCCCAGCCAGCAUUGCCCUGGCCACGGUCAUCGAGCCCUUCCCAGGGAUCCCAUCUGUGAGGCCCAGAGCCCUACGGUCCACGGGAACCUGCUGGACAUACCGUCUUCCCACUUGGCUAAUACGGAUGAGUCGCUUGUCCUAAGUUUCCCCGAAUCAAAUUGCUACCGACCUGAAAGGGACGAAUGGGCUGAGCCUCACGUUUCAGAGCGUGGGCAUUCUGUCAAAGAAGAAUACAGUGGUCAUUAUUUUCUUUUUCCUCCAAAUGGGGCUUGCGGCUUUACCUUAGGAUUAAAAUACGUGGCGAGGUCAGUUAAAAGGGAUCCGAGUGGACGGAGGCCCCCUGUGGAUUUUUCUCUAGGAACCCUGAGGCUUUCUGCUUUCUAAAAUUGGCCUCCGGAUUAUUGAACCUGCCGAAAUAAUUUUGGCAAAUAAAUAAUACCUUCCACUCGGAUCCAAAAAAAUAAAAAUAAAAAAACUGGGUAGCCAAGUCUCCAGCAGGGUUCAGGGCAGGAGGCCUGCAGAGUUUGCCCCCUCGGGGUGAAUGCGGAGGGAGGUCCCUUCCACACUCAAGUGCUAAAAUCAAUGUCAGGCAGCAUCCAAAUCCCAUGACCCCCCCCUACCCUCCAGGGCCCAGCGGUGGGUCCAUUCUAGCCUUCUGCCAUGUUGGUUUUGUUUUGUCCCACAGAAGAACUCUGUCCCCUUGAGGUCCUAUGCAGGACACUGCCUUCCUGAUGCUCAGUGUAGAGAGCGGACAGAGAAAGUACCGUGGCCCCAUGGGGAAGGGCUUCACAGGUAGGGUAUCAAGACCCCAAGGGCUCCAACUCCGAGAUCUUGAAAGGACAAGCCACAGCUCAUCUUUGCCCACCCUCCCCGGCAGCCCCGAUGGGUGUCCCUGGCAUCUGCAGUUUGUCCCAGUUCUAAUCUCUCCCGCCUCCAGUUAAUCCCAGGUUUUCCGGUUCAGGCUUCCACGGAUGCAGAGACUCAGUCCCUGGUGUCCCAUAGCAACCCUUUCCCACCUGGAGGGAAGCCAGCUCCAACUUCCUUCAGUCCUGCCAGCUUGAUGCUGGGCUCCUAGUAGCUUUUCUCCCAGGCACUUUUUAAAUGGUUUUUCCAACCCUUUGAACCCUUGGGGACACUUUCUAAGAUGUCUCUAGUUCCCCAGGACAGAAUGAUUAGGUCAACCUCCAUCAAAGAGGAAUAAAUCACCACUUCCCUCUCCAAACCAAGUUUCCACUGCUGAAUGAGGAGCACUUAGUAUGUGCCGGGCACCUGCCUCCUGUACACCUCUCCCCUUCUAGAAGCCGGGGACAGAUGGAAACAUCUUUUCGUUUUGUCAGAGAGUCCAGAGAAAUAAUUAUAUAACCAGCAUUCAUCCUUCUGCCCAAGCAGGACCUCUUUUUUUUUUUAACCUCAGACACAAACAGCUUCAUAACUCCCUGUUAGAAGACAGGAGACCAAGCUGAUGUGUUUUUCUCCUGGGCGGAGAUUUCCCACCCCAGAGAGCCCCACCCUACUGCUUAGCCAGAGAAGAGGCAGCCACCACUGUGGGUUGAGCUCUGAUCCAGGGUGGGCAGAUGCUGCCCCCUGCUGGCGGCAUCUAGUUUGGUCCCCAGAACCAACUACAGGAGUAAGAUACAGGUUAGCAAUGGGUAAACCAAAGGGUUACCCAGGUAGCGGUCCCUUUAUUUGCCGCUCCCUGCUAAACUGGUAGCUCUGACCAUAACCCACCUCAUAAAAGUGGGUUUGUCCAGGAAGCUCAUGAGAUAGUCCUGAAACAGGGACACAGGCACAUCAUACCAUACUGUCCCCACUGUGACCACAGCUCCACACCUCGUGUGGGGAAGAACACCGUUAAGCCCACUGAGAGGAGAGAGGCCCUUCCUUGGUGUCCUGGAUGUGUGACAGCCAGGCAUUCUGUUUUGUUUUGUUUUGGUUUGGGGUUUUUUGUUAUUUUUUAAGGGGAAACACUGAAGAUCCACCAAAAUGGAGUUUUAGAAACAGAACUGGGUCCAUGAUGCCCCUUUUUAAGUAGGUGGCCAUGGUGACUUGACCUUUCCAUGUCUGUAGAUCCUCCUGUCCAACGAGGGGAUCCUGAGACGAUGCCCAGUAACGGCAUCUGGCCCAAACGCCCAUGAAUUUUGAUUUCUCACUUAUUGGUACCACGCCUGGCCUCCCCAGGGUGUGGAAGGUGUCUACAGAGACUAGCAAAAUGUGGCUGCUGCCCUGCAGAAGGCUAGAAUCCGGUGGGCAGGGAGCUGCCCCCAGGAUGGAUGUGGGUGUCUGGGGCGUGGGGGGUGCGUAGGAUUUCACCAUGGACAAUGGAAGACAAGAGUGGCCGCGGGGGAG